UUGAAUUUGUACGAAAAAUUUGUCGCUCCUGUCCGUUUUAUAUAUAUAAUAUAUUUCAUUUAAAUACAUUUAUAUAAAAAUACACAGUUAAUGUGAUAUCAGUGGAAUGUCAGUGCGGUGUCAGGGUAAUGUCAGUGCUCUGUUAGUAUUAGUGCUAUGUCAGCGUACUGUCAGAGCCAGAUGCCUCCGGGAGAGGGCGCGGGAAGUGACGCAUGAAGUUGAACCAUGAACGGAUCGUUUAUAGUUUAUACGAUCAACGGCAAUUGCCUUGUGUAAUCGCGUUGUAGUUUCCGCGUCGUUUUUCUAUUGCAAUAAUAAAGUAUCGUCAGAAUGCAAUCAAUGUCGUGAGCGCAAAAUAUCGCCGUCAUAUUUUACUGAUUAGUACGCGAGUAAUCGUAAUUAGCUGUCUUCUCGCGUGUGAAUACCAUGAAGAAAAUCAGCGAGGAAGGAAAAGGCGGACCAGCAACGGCAUAUCAAACGGUGGCAGAGCAACCAUGGGAUUUUUCGUACUUAAUUUGAUGUUGAUAUCCCACAUUGUACUAUCAAAAAUGGCGAACUCUGAUAUCGCAGAAAUAUUGCAUCGGCCGAUAAGAAGUCUGACAUUUCCGGAAAAUAGUAAUAUGGGCAUCUUCGUCGCUCUUGCAGUGCCGCUCGAAAAUCCACUGAAUUCUAUCUCCCUGUCGUACUUUUUCGAGGCUAACUACGUUUUACCGCCGAACAUAACGUACUUUGAGCCUUGGACGGAGCUAAAAAGGAGAAAGCGGAGUAUCGACAGAGCCACGAUCUAUCGAGUUCUGGAAAGUAAAUUCGAGAGCUCCGGGAAUCCCGGAAGAGAGUGCCUUCUGAGAGCGAUCUGCGAAACCUCGGAAUAUCCGCUUCGGCACAACGGGAUCAUCGGCGACAUAAUGCAUGUGCUUUUCACUCCGAGCGCGUCGAGGCACGAGGAAUUGCCGCGAGAUGUUGUCGAGGCCGAGCUGGUCGGCCGCAAUGGAAGCUGUUCCAAGUACCAACCGCAAUGUCCUCUGGGACUCUUCGACUUGAUUGGAGUUUUCGCGUGAACCCUGAAAAA